GUAAGCAGUUCCAAUGUUAGCUUCAGCUUCAUACAACUUCGAGCACUGACGGAUACGGCAAACAGCCACCACUCGCGAAUCUCAUCCACCCCCCCCCCCCCCCCCCCGGUCCGUUAUACCAAUUCCAUCUCUACAGAGGAAAGGCAUAGCUCGCUUUUAUCCAUCAUGGACGAGUCGGAGAUCGCGCCAAAGUUUGCCCCUUUCCUCGGCAUGGCCGGCAUCGCAGCGUCGAUGAUCUUCGGAAGUACGAACGCGUCCCGACUCCCAACCCCCACGCGGCCUAGCAGCCCCAUCGACCGCGCAUGUGCUGACGACGAGGAACCUACAGGUAUCGGCGCGGCAUACGGCACGGCAAAGUCGGGGAUCGGCAUCGCCGGCGUCGGCACCUUCAGGCCAGACCUGAUCAUGAAGUGCCUAAUCCCCGUCGUCAUGUCCGGUAUCAUCGCUGUCUACUCGCUCGUCAUCGCGGUUCUCAUCGCCGAAGAUAUGGCCCCGCCGUCGGACCGGAGCUACAGCCUAUUCAGUGGCUUUAUGCAUCUCGGGUGCGGCAUCUCGGUCGGCAUCACCGGGCUCGCGGCCGGGUACUGCAUCGGCAUCGUCGGCGACAAGGGCGUGCGCGCCUACAUGGAGCAGUCGCGCAUAUUCGUCGGCAUGGUGCUGAUCCUCAUCUUCGGCGAGGUCCUCGGUCUCUACGGUCUCAUCGUCGCCCUCCUCCUCAACAGCAAGAGCAAGGGUUAAGGUCCGGCCCGAACUGGGGAAGGGCGGAGCAUCUCUCUCUCUCUCGGUUUUUUUUUUGUCGGACCAAUGCGGGGCCUAGCUCCCCCCUUCCUCACCGGAACCAGAGAAGAAGUUUCUCGUUACUCGUCUCGCUUUUGCGAUUCCCGGCCCAGCAUACCAUAACAUCGUCGACGUCUACGAGCACACGCACACCCGCA